UUAGGCGUGGCGGAUCUGGACAUCGUGGGGGUGAUCGGGACGGGGUCGGGAGGGGUGGUGCGGUUGGCGAAGCAUAAGCGAACGGACGAGGCGCUGGCGGUGAAGAAUAUCGCGAUUUCACUCGCGAGGGACGACGAUGGGCGAAAACGCAUCAUCACCGAGCUUCGUACGUUGCACAAGAGCUCGUGCGAGUACAUCGUUCGUAGUCUAGGGGCAUUUUUCGAUCAGGGGAGCGUCAACUUGGUGAUGGAGUACAUGGAGGCGGGCACGAUGAGCGACGCAACCAAGUAUCUCGGACCGUGGGGAGAGGACGAUUUAGCCGCGGCGACGGCGAUGUUAGCGGAUGGAUUACAUUAUUUACACACGAAAUUGAGUGUCGUCCAUCGAGACAUCAAACCGUGUAACGUCCUGCUCAAUUUACGCGGCGAGGCGAAACUGAGCGAUUUCGGCGUGAGCGGACAUCUCGUCGACGCGAGUAAAUGUCACUCGUGGGUGGGAACGGUUACGUACAUGUCACCCGAGCGUAUUCAGGGUGAGUCAUACGAGUUCACCGCGGACGUGUGGAGUUUCGCUCUCACUGUCAUGGAGUGCGCGCUCGGUCGGUUUCCGUACAAUUCGCCCGACGUCGCGAGGCGGUAUAGCUUUUGGGAUCUACUCGAUGUCGUCGUCAAAGAGCCCGUGCCUUGUCUUCGACCCGAGCUCAACGUUUCGGAGGAAUUCGACAAUUUCGUCGCCUUGGGCUUGAACAAAGACCCUAGCGGUCGCAUGUUGGCGAGAAACAUGAUCGCGCACCCGUGGAUU